AUGGCAGAGCUUGAGGAGCAGAUACAGCUAGGAGAGAGUUGGCUGCAGAGAAGAGACGGCGGCAUGAAGGACCCUGGGGAAGGCACCUCUGCCCAGGCAGCGCCUCCCGGGCCUUCCACAAGUGCCAACUUUUGCGCAAGCUCACCAGGCCGGCGACCGAGGCACUGCGCGAGUGGGGGCAAAAGGAGAACGCAGACGAGGGCGGCGACCGACCCGCGACGUCGCCCUUCGGAGCCACAGGCCGGCACCUCGUUAGGCACUUCACUGCUGGCUAGCUCCAUCGAGGUGCGCGGCCACGAGGGUGUCACGUACGCGGAGUUGGCCAUUCGACAACUGAGGCGCUCGGCAGCCGCCUUGACACAGUCAUGGGGCGACCGGAACGCCUAUACCGUCAACAACAUUGCUGACCGACUGCGUCGGGAGAAGAUGGACCCAACCCUCCAACAGCUUCGACGGUGGUAUAAGAUUGCGCAUGAUUAUCAUCGAGCCCGUUCAGGUACCAGGUUGGAUGAGGCACGAGCUUUGCUAGACAAGGCCCAAUUACUGGAGACGCAGAUGAGGGAGGCUGGAGUAUCUUUACCAUCCGAAGUGGAUCGCCCCGUGGGUGGCGCGUCUCAGGAACCAACUUCCAGACAACAUUCGGGGCCGUCAAGCACGUCUGCGGGUCCUGUGCGAACGUUUGCGGAGGUUGCCGCUGCCAAGCUGCGGAGAGAAGCUGCAGAUCUUCGGCUCACCUGGGGGGCUGGAAAAUCUAUGUACACGGCACAGUUUCUUGCUGACCAUAUGGCGCGGAACAACAACCCGAAUCCCGGUGCCAGUCUACUCAUGAAAUGGAGGUGCGAGGCGGUGAACCGAUACAAUCGGGUGGCAGAUGGGAAGCUCUCACUCGCCGCGGCGCUAGAUGCAGAGGCGGAAGACAUAGAAAAAGAAGUCGUGGCCGUCAUACCGCGCGCACGGGACCCCGAGUCGGAUUCGUCGGACCAGGAAGGCGCUCAAGAUCCCCGUGAAACACCAACUAGCACAGGGCCAUCGUCGUCCCCUACCGCCCACUCCGGCGCGGGUCCGAGUGUCACAGCGGCGCCGUCAUCGGUGCCGUCUCUUUGGUUCGCGCCCGCUACUUCCGUGGGCGACUACGUCCGACGCACCGGUUCCGCCCUCUGGACGCCACCGGGCCCCUCUUCUCUGACUCGUCGCGCGGCACCAGCAGGCCAGCAGACGGGCGCAGGACAGGUGGCGACGAGCGCACGCACUGGGGGCACACGACAGGAGCAGACAUCGAGUUCGGGUGACAGCUUAGGUCGAGGCGAACUACCGCGGCCGGCCCCCACAAGCCGAGAACUCCCCCCAACACGCCGCUCAGCUGCACCUGGUUCGCCCCCUGCCAAAAGGGCCCGACUGCUGUCCAGGGGCUCACCAGGCGCUGGCAGCGCCGGGCCCCAUUCGCCUAUCCCCCCGUCUCCUGCGCAGGCGCCACCAAGGUCACCAACAGCAUAUACCCAGACUCAACCUCCAGCUGCGCCUCUGCUCGUCAGCACCGCCCCCCCAUCUGGCGCAGCCGUCGGUCCGUUAGCCACGCGCCUUCCGCCUCAUAUGUUACCGCUGAAGAAGCGGCCCCGCCAUAGUGAUACGGGUGGCGACCGCACAUAG